CCUCUAGGCGAAAGAGGCUGGACUUCCAGGGCAGUAUAUAAGAGAACCAUCAGCCUCUGCCACAAAGGCAUUUUCAUCCCAACUGGCUCCUUGAACUGAUUCCUCAGAAGGUGCAGGACCCCCCUGGAUUGUGCCACGAUGAAGGUGUUUGCCCUAGCAAUCCUGUUCGUCACCGUUUGCUGCCUGGAAGGUGGUCUUGUGAAACGGCAAGCGGAAAGCCAGGCCCAGAUCCCCGCUAUUGAGCAGUUUCAACAGUUCUCUCAGUCUCUGAAGCAGUACCUGCCCCAGGAUUUGUUUACCCAGGAGAAGUUCACCGAACUGAGGACCCAGGCAGAGGCAGGCCUCCAACGAGUCCAUGAGCAUGUGAAGCCCUUCACUGAUCAACUAGCAGGAACCAUAACCGAAUUCUUCAGUGGCUUGGCAGAUUCUUUCAAGACCCCGGCCCAGUAAAGAGCAGAUUCUGCUUCCUGGGCCCAUGAGCUGAGACUAAAGCGAGAGAAACUCUGACGCGUCCGUGUGGCACUGCCCGUGUCUUACCCCUGUCUCAAUAAAGGCAAAGCAGGCCUUCUUCUCUAA